GUUCAAAACGGAAGAUCGUCAUCGAUUCAUUUCGUCAUCAACACGCGACUUUCGAGCACGCAGUCGAGUGUUUUCUUGCGAACAGACAAGAUAAAGGAAGAUGCCUGCUCAGAAGGAAGAGGAGGACAGGAGGUCGACAACUCAGGAGGAAGAGGAGGACAGAAGGUCGACAACUCAGGACGAAGAGGAGGACAGAAAGUCGACAACUGAAGAGGAAGACGAGGACAGGAAGCAGACUGUUGAGGAGGAAGAGGAGGACAUGAAGCAGACUGUUGAGGAGGAAGAGGAGGACAUGAAGCAGACUGUUGAGGAGGAAGAGGAGGACACAACAAUCAGAGAUGAUGGCGAUGCAGUAGAAAUAAGGCAGAAAAAGAGAAUUCUUAAAGGGGCAGCACUGACUUCUUCCUCAGACAGGAAGUGUGUUCCAGGGAUUUUGUACCUGGGUCACAUUCCUCCGAGAUUCCGGCCUAAACACCUGAGGAACCUGAUGUCCGUCUACGGCGAGAUUGGACGUGUUUUCCUGCAACCCGAAGAUGGCGAGGUCAAGAAGCGGAAGAGGAAGGCCGGGUCAAGGAGGUGCGACUUCACCGAGGGCUGGGUUGAGUUUCGGGACAAACGCGUGGCCAAGCGAGUGGCGGCGUCCCUCCACAACACUCCCAUGGCCACAAGGAAACGCCAGACAUUCACAUCAGACCUGUGGUGCAUAAAGUACCUGCACAGGUUCCAGUGGACACACCUGAGCGAGCGUCUGGCCUAUGAGCAGAUGGUUCUAAAGCAGCGCCUGCGGACUGAAGUGUCGCAGGCCAAGAGGGAGACCAACUUCUACCUGGACGCCGUGGACAAGAGUGCUCACAUGGACAAAGUGAGGAAGAGAAAGAAGGACGACACACAGCAGGUGGAGGAGCGCACCUGGGACUUCACACAGCGGCAAACGGAGGAGGAGAUCCAGAAGAAGAAGAAGAAACGAAAAGACGCAAUUAGCCAGAAGCAGCAGGACAAGGACCGCCUCCACCAGCAAAAGAGCCAAUCAAAUGUCUCCUUGCUGGCAAAGAUUUUUAACAGCCAACAGCCUUAGCAUCUUUCUGUACAAUAUAUAUUCCUGUCGGUUUGACUUACACAGGCUUUUAUUUUGAAGAGCAGUGGACUAUAUGAAGCUCCUGUAGGGGGCAACAGUGAGUUUGCGACAUAAAGGCAUGUGUCGUCAGAUUAUGUUGCUGGAAGGACAAUAAUAUAUUUCUCUUGGCUGUAAAGAUACAAAGUGUAGGGAAAAUUAAUUAAUUGUUUUUUAACCCUUGUGUAAUGUUCAUAUUGUUACUCAGCCAGCGUUUGUAGGUCUAAUGGACCUGUUGCAUUUUUUGGCUUUUAAUGCCUCACAAUCAAACACUUUUAUGUUAAAAUACUGAACAUAUAUUUAUCUGUUUAGUUUCUUAACAUAAAAGUGUUUGAUAGUGAGGCAUUAAAGGCCGCAAAAUGCAAAGGGUCCAUCAGAAGUCCCAAACGCUUUUAUGUUAAAUUACUGAACAGAUGUUUACCUUAUCCCAAUAAACAUCUGUUCAGUAUUUUAACAUAAAAGUGUUUGAUUGUGAGGCAUUAAAAGCCACAAAAUGCAACCGGUUCAUCAGAACCCCCCCAAACCCUGGCUGAGUAACAACAAUCUGAAUUUUGCACGGAAAAUCUCUCUGCCAAAUUUUGCAUCCCACAGGGAUUAUUCUUUUGUGUUUCUGCACCUGCGGUUCCCAGGCAAGGGUGCAACAUUGUUUGUCAACACGGUCUGCUCUCAUUUUCUCGCACAUUUUGACCCUCUGAUAUUCUGUGUACCUACACUCUGUCCUCCUCCUGUCUAGGCCGUGUGUGUGUGUGUGUGUGUGUGUGUGUGUGUGUGUGUUACACAGGAUGUCAAUUUUCACACUAUAUGUAAUAGAAAUGUGUGGAGGGGGGGUAUGGUUUCUGGUCAUUAAAUAUGUUCUUCACAGAAAA